UCCGGCUCGGGGCUCUCGCGGCGGCGGCGGCGGCAGCGUUAGCGGCGGCGGCGAGAGCGGCGUUCCCGGCGCUUCCUGGCCGCGCUUCUCCCUCGGGCUGGGCGAAGCGAAGAGGCAGCGGCGGCGGCAGCGGCGGCACAUCGGUGUCUCUCCCGCUGGAGAUUUCUUUCUGCUUUCCUCGUCGACUGACUCUCCCCCCUCCCUUUUUUGAGGAAGGGUGACCUCUUCUCUGGGACUGGAAAACAUUUUUUUUUGAGGGGUGGGGGGGUGGGUGGCAGCGUCAGGGUCUGCUUCUUCUCUUCUUUCAUCUCCUCUCCUCCCCCCUUCAGGACCGAAAAGCGAGCCCCACAACUGCUCCAGCAUCUUCCUUCCCUUCCUCCACCUCCCUUCUCCUCCACCUCGUCCAGUUUCGCCCUCUCCCCUCCCAAUUAUUUCAUUAUUAUGCUUCCCUCUCUGGGGGGUCUCGUCCGUCUCAGGUCGCUCGGAAGCCGUGGCCUCCCCUGGAUGCAUUUCUUAAAAAUUUUGGAGCCUGGGAGUGAGUUUUCUCUGAGGCGUGUGUGAGAGGCGGCGGGGGUGUUUUCCUGCGCGAGGGGCGGGUGAAGUUCAUUGCCCCCACUUUCCCGCGACCUUUUCGGACCCGGUUUCGAAUCGGGGGUGCCGGCGUUUUCGGGGGCGGGGGGCGCGGCGGAGAAUGGCCGCGGGGAGGGCUCCCCGGAGCCUCCCAGUCUCUUGAUCAAAGCAUUCCGCUAUUCUGAUUUAUUGCCUGCUUGGUGAGUUAUUUUUUUUUUUUUUUUUUUUUGCCUCUAAAGGAGACCUGUGUGUUCAGCCAUUACUUUGCUCGGCGCUGCUCACAGGAAUCUCCGACCCGCGGUGCUGUGGGGAGCCCCGCACUUGGGCUCCUCGCCUCUCGCCCUCGCUCCCGUCCCUCCUCCCUCUCUCCGCCCCUUCCCCCUUCUUUCUCCUCUCUUUCUUCCCCUCUCUCCCUUCUUUCGGCCGCCGUCUCCCCCGCGCCCUCCUCGGGGCGGAGGGAAGCCGAGGAGGGGGAGGGAGGGGUUGGUGUCAAUUUUUUUGUGUGGCCGCGGCCGGAGCCUGUGGCGGGCGGGCGGCGAGCGGGGAGACCCCGGCGCGGCAGAGCCAUGGAUGGCCCGACGCGGGGCCAUGGACUCCGCAAAAAGCGGCGGUCGCGGUCGCAGCGAGACCGGGAGAGGCGCUCCCGGGGCGGGCUGGGGGCCGGCGCGGCCGGCGGCGGCGGGGCCGGCCGGACCCGGGCGCCCUCGCUCGCCUCGUCGUCGGGCUCCGACAAGGAAGACAAUGGGAAGCCCCCGUCCUCCGCCCCGUCCCGGCCCAGACCCCCGCGGAGGAAGCGGAGAGAGUCCACCUCGGCCGAAGAGGACAUCAUUGAUGGAUUUGCCAUGACCAGCUUUGUCACUUUUGAAGCGCUGGAGAAAGAUGUAGCACUUAAGCCUCAGGAACGUGUGGAGAAACGCCAGACCCCUCUGACCAAGAAGAAACGAGAAGCACUUACCAACGGCCUGGCCUUUCAUUCUAAGAAGAGCAGACUCAGCCGCCCGCACCACUACAGCUCAGACCGGGAGAAUGACCGCAAUCUCUGCCAGCACCUCGGGAAGAGGAGGAAGAUGCCGAAGGGACUCAGACAGGAGAUUGCUGGGUCAAGUUGAACACGAUUGUAUCCAGCAGUGGAUUAUCGAUCUACACGAUAGACAUCAGUGGUGAAGACA